UGGCCGUUCGUAUAUACACAUCACAUUAAAAAAAUUAAUUUUCAAUAGGUUAGAAUCAUACCUCAAUCGUGCAAAUCUGAAAAAAUCUGAAACACUAAUAGUAUAAUAUUUCUAAUAACCUAAUAAAUUUGUGAAUAAAAAAUACAUAGUCAACUAUUAUGAGUGUACGAUCAAUAUUAAAUACUUUUAACCAGUUUUUUUUGAUCUGGGGUUUAGGUAGUAUAAGCUACAAUCAAAGCAAACUAAAUACGGCAAUCAUGUUCAGUAUCUUGCGAUGUACGACAAUUUUUUGUGGAUUAAAAACAAUUUACGACUCAAACCGCCAUUGGAUCAUACAUAUUGAUCCAAACUUAUUUGACGUUACAUCGUUAGUAAUGAUUAGUUGCUAUGAGAUGAUGAUCAUUGGGCGAUUCUUAUGCAAUGGGUGGCGACUAUUUUAUGAUAAUAAACUGUCUGUGAUAUUGAUUAAACUUGAAGGAAUUCAUGAUAAAUUGAUACGUCUGAAAGCUCUCAGGAUUGGCUCGCAUUGGCUUUUCAACUUUGGUAUUCUUGUCCAUUUUAUAUGUUAUAAUAUGAGUCCAUUAUACUACAUGAUAUAUAAAUCCGAACGCAUACGGCAGAAAACUGUAGACUUUUAUAUAUCUCUGAUCUCUGUGGUGAUUUCACGUAUUUGUGAAUGCGUUGCGUUUUAUGAAUACAUGCUACUUAUAUCAUACAUAAAGUGGAUUGUAUACAUUAUAAAUGAACAAAUUCCGAAAAUUAUUUCAACCAUAAGUACUUUCAGAGACUUGUAUUUGGAAGCAAUAGAAUGUUUAAAAGAUAUAAAUCGAUCAAUAUAUGGCUUGCCUGUCAUAAUGAGCUGUAUUGCAGGAAAUGUGGGUUCUAUAAUUUUAUCAUUAUUCUACAGAUUUCUAUUUACUGAAGACGACACUGUAGAUGUUGCCCGUGUAAUUAUGGAAGCUGAUACAAUAAUUAUAAAAAUGAUCAAUAUCAUACUCUUAUAUGGAAUUGGUCACGCCACAGCAAAAGAGAUAAAUCGAAUGAGUCUAGUUUUACAUCAACGGUCCAUAAUUGAAAGAAAUCCUAGAAUAAAACGUCAGAUCAAAUUUUUUAUUCUACGAAGACAUCACGAGGAUUAUCAUUUUGUGUUAUAUGGUAUAUGUGAGAUUAAUCUACAACAAUUACUUGUCUUAGCAAACAAAGCAAUUGCUUAUUUAGUUAUUCAAAUUCUGUUCAAAUUGAAUAAAAAUAAAAUAAUCGAUUAAAUGGUAUA